AUGACUGUGAACCUGAUCGUGGCGGUCCUUGCCGCUCCCCCACGCCGCGUGGUUACACGGCAAUGGAAAACCAAAUUGGACAUUGUUGAGCUCGUCGUUGCCGAUGAGACGAAGACAGGAUUUGGGGUCAACUUUUGGAUCAAACCCGAGAAACCCCAUCUGUCAACGGCAGUGAAACAGGGCUGGCCCGGUCACUGGCAGGCCUUCGACCCUGCGAUAUUGUCCUACUGCGUGUACGGACAGAGUCUGCGCAGAGGGAUGACUACAGUUGAGCUCUUACACCGACAAGCAGUGGAUGUGACGGAUGCAGUAGGAUUCUAUGAGAGCAUUCAUAGUAACAUUCAGAAUGCUCCACUACGAAAGACUCGCAGAGUACGAGAGUGGAUGCUCCAAUUCUUGACGGAUGCGGCAGGCGGUGGCUCCGGAAUGCUUGAAACACGUGGUCGACUGCCUCCGGAUACGCAGUAA